AUGCAAAUUCUUGCGGUGUAUGGCUUUCCGGAAGCGCAAAACAAGCGUCGUACCUGGGAACUAAUUCAGAGAUUGAAACCCCCUGAUAAUAAACCUUGGGAUGCAGGUUAUUCAGGUUAUCGCUUCACUUGGUCAAACAAGAGGAGCAUACCGAGGUCUAUUGAGGAGAGGUUGGAUUAUGUUUUGGUAAGCGAAAGUUGGAAGGCCUUAUGGCCGGUGGUGGAAAUUUUUCAUUUGACUCGGCUCAGCUCCGAUCAUAACGCCAUUUUGUUAGCUUGUGGCUCUCACAAGCGGGAAAUGUUCAAGAAGCAGAAGCGUAUGUUUCGAUUUGAGGAGGUGUGGCUCCAAGAUAGUGAGGAGUGUGCAGAGAUAGUGGUCGAGGUAUGGUCAAAUGGACAGCUAUAUGUUAAUGGCAAAAUUGCGAAUGUGGGGUGUGCUCUUCAAGGAUGGGGACGAGAAAAAUAUGGAGCUAUCCCGAAGAAGGUUUCAGAUAUGAAAGAGAAGCUACAAACUCUUCAGAGGAGCCCCCAAACUGAGGAAGUGGUGGCGGCUAUUAGGAGCACUGAGAGUGAGCUUGAGGUUUUGUUGAAACAGGAGGAGAUUUUGUGGUCCCAGCGCUCCAGGGCCUCUUGGCUCAAACAUGGGGAUAAUAUUGAGACCGCUACUUCACUUGUAGCUAGCCGUGUUACUGAGGCCCAUUUGGCCAUUAUUAAUGAUCCUUUUAGUAGAGAAGAAUUGGAAGAUGUAAUUUUCAAUAUGCACCCUUCCAAAGCUCCUGGCCUUGAUGGCCUUCCUGCCUUCUUUUUUCAGAAAUUUUGGCAUAUCAUUGGUAAUGACGUCUCUGGCUUUUGUCUUGAGGUUUUGCAAGGCAGACUACAUCCAGGCCCUCAGAGUGCUUUUGUACCUGGUAGGCUAAUCACAGAUAAUGCUUUGGUGGCAUAUGAGUGUUUCCAUUUUAUGAAGAAAAAGAUGUCUGGCCGAAAUGGCAUGAUGGCUUUAAAGCUUGAUAUGUCAAAAGCUUAUGAUAGGGUCGAGUGGCCAUUCCUUUGUAGUGUGCUUAUGCAGAUGGGCUUCCCUAUAGCUCGGGUAAAUUUAAUUAUGGACUGUGUGAUGUCAGUUCAAUUUCAGGUGAUGUUAAAUGGUAGCCCUCAGAUGUCGUUUGAUCCAGGCAGAGAUGACAGUAUUGUCUUUGCUCGAGCAACGCCGGAGGAAGCUACUACGGUUUUGAACGUGCUUGCUUCUUACGAGCGGGUGUCUGAUAUUGAGAGAAUGAUCAGUAAAUUUUAUUGGAGUGGUGAUGCAUCCUGCCGGAGUAUUCAUUGGCUCAAGUGGGACUCUCUUUAUAGGUCCAAACUUGAUGGUGGUAUUGGGUUUCGUGAUUUCAAAGCUUUCAAUAUGGCUUUGGUUGGGAAAACUUGGUUGAGAAUUUUAAAGCAACCUGACUCCCUGCUGGGUAAAGUUUUCAAAUCUGGAUACUUUCCUCAAUCCACUAUUUUUGCAGCAAAGAAGCAUGGGCGUCCAAGCUAUGCAUGGACAAGCAUCUUCCGCACUAAGUGGAUUUUUGAGGAAGGAGCUAGAUGGAGGGUAGGUAACGGGAGAAGUAUUGAUUUGUGGCGGGACAAAUGGCUUCCGAGCGGAGUCCCAAAUGUUUAUAGCGAGGAACAGGGACCUGGUUGA